UGCACAGCUGUCAGCACCAAGGACAGCAGCCGCUCAGCCCGGAGCGACCAGCUAGGGACGCAUCGGUGUGAUCAGUCUGCACAGAGAGCACAGAGCAGCGGCUGGACGGGGCGAUAAAACAUCUCAGAUAAGAAGCCGGCAGGAAACUUGGACCGGUGGUUUGACUCUUUGUUUAAAACCGUAGAGAGGUUUGAGAAAUUCUGCAGUGGAGAGGAAAAAAGCUGGACAAUGCGGUUUGGACGUCCCUGGUUGACAGCCAGUCCCUAACAAUGAUCAUGCACAUUCCUCCGCAUUGCACAUAAAUCCACCUUUUUUUCCGUCUUCUUCUUUAUUGGCUUCCCCACGAACACCACCUCCUCGCUCACACCGCCCACCUGGAUCGUGUCUGCAGUCGCGCAUUCAACUGGCUGAGCCGUGCCGCUAUCCAGAAGCUGGUGGAGCCGACCCGCCACCGGGGAGAAAAGCGACCGAGCUGCACUGUUCUGUUUGGUGGUCCACACGAUGCGUCUGUUUCUGCUGGCGGUGCUCUUCUCGUGCUCCUGCGCGCGGGCCGGCUGCGAACCGAAAAUCGUGAACAUCGGGGCCGUCCUGAGCCAGAAGAGAUAUGAACAGGUCUUCAAAGAUGCCGUGACCCAGGCCAACCAGGUCUACGGCAGGGACAAAUUCAAGCUGACCGCCAUCUCCGUAACGCACAAGCCCAACGCCAUCCAGAUGGCUCUCUCAGUCUGCGAGGACCUCAUCUCCAGUCAGGUCUAUGCUAUCCUGGUGAGUCACCCUCCCCAGUCCAAUGACCACCUCACUCCAACGCCUGUCUCCUACACUGCAGGCUUCUACCGCAUCCCCGUGGUGGGACUCACCACCCGCAUGUCCAUCUACUCAGACAAGAGUAUCCACCUGUCCUUUCUGCGGACAGUCCCUCCAUAUUCCCACCAGGCGCAUGUGUGGUUUGACCUGAUGCGCGAGUUCAACUGGAACCACAUCAUCUUGAUAGUAAGCGAUGACCACGAGGGGAGGGCUGCUCAAAAGAGGCUCGAGACCCUCUUGGAGGAGAGAGAAACAAAGAAUAAAAAAAGGAACUAUGAAAACCUCGACCAACUGUCCUAUGACAACAAGCGAGGACCUAAGGCAGAGAAAGUCCUCCAGUUCAGCCAGGAGACUAACUUAACUGCCCUGCUGCUGGAGGCGAAAGAGCUGGAGGCCCGCGUCAUCAUCCUGUCCGCCAGUGAGGAAGAUGCUGCUGCAGUGUACAAGGCUGCCCGUUUCCUCAACAUGACGGGCUCGGGCUACGUGUGGCUGGUGGGCGAGCGGGAGAUGUCGGGUAAAGCCCUGAGCGAGGCACCAGACGGUCUGAUUGGCCUCCAGCUCAUCAACGGGAAGAAUGAGUCAGCUCAUAUCAAUGAUGCAGUGGCUGUGGUGGCUCAGUCCAUCCAGGAGCUCUUUGAGAAGGAGAAUAUCACAGAACCCCCGAGAGGAUGCGUGGGCAACACCAACAUCUGGAAAACAGGACCUCUUUUUAAACGGGUGCUGAUGUCAUCUAAAUACCCAGAGGGCCUCACGGGACGCGUGGAGUUCAAUGAUGACGGAGACAGGAAGUACGCCCACUACAGCAUACUCAACUACCAGAAGAGUCGACUCAUUCAAGUUGGCAUAUACAACGGAACACAGGUGGUAAUGAACAAUCAGCGGAAGAUCAUCUGGCCUGGAGGAGAGACUGAGAAACCACAGGGCUUCCAGAUGUCCACUCGAUUAAAGAUAGUGACGAUUCACCAGGAGCCAUUUGUGUAUGUGAAACCCACUCAGGCGGAUGGAACAUGCAAGGAGGAAAUGACAUUAAAUGGAGUCUUAAUUAAAAAGGUUAUCUGCACUGGCCCCAAUGAGACCAUCCCAGGACGCCCAAUUGUACCCCAGUGUUGUUAUGGUUUUUGUAUUGAUCUCCUGAUCAAGUUGGCUAUGACCAUGAAUUUUACCUAUGAGGUGCACCUGGUGGCUGAUGGGAAAUUUGGAACUCAGGAGAGGGUGAACAACAGUAACAAGAAAGAGUGGAACGGCAUGAUGGGAGAGCUCCUGGGGGGCCUGGCUGACAUGAUUGUUGCCCCGCUGACUAUAAACAACGAGCGUGCCCAGUACAUUGAGUUCUCCAAACCCUUUAAAUAUCAAGGCCUCACCAUCCUUGUUAAAAAGGAAAUCCCUCGCAGUACACUGGACUCGUUCAUGCAGCCGUUCCAAAGCACGCUGUGGCUGCUGGUGGGUCUUUCGGUGCAUGUGGUGGCGGUGAUGCUUUACCUACUAGACCGGUUCAGCCCGUUUGGAAGAUUUAAAGUAAACAGUGAAGAAGAAGAAGAAGAUGCCCUCACCUUAUCAUCUGCCAUGUGGUUCUCCUGGGGAGUGUUGCUGAACUCUGGAAUAGGAGAAGGUGCGCCACGCAGCUUCUCAGCGAGAAUCCUGGGUAUGGUGUGGGCUGGCUUUGCCAUGAUCAUUGUAGCUUCUUAUACUGCCAACCUAGCUGCCUUCCUUGUGUUGGACCGGCCUGAGGAACGCAUCACCGGCAUCAAUGACCCAAGGCUGAGAAACCCAUCAGACAAGUUCAUCUAUGCCACGGUGAAGCAGAGCUCCGUGGACAUCUAUUUCCGCCGACAGGUGGAGCUUAGCACCAUGUACCGCCACAUGGAGAAGCACAACUAUGAGAGUGCAGCCGAGGCUAUCCAAGCUGUGCGUGACAACAAGCUGCAUGCUUUCAUCUGGGACUCUGCGGUGCUGGAGUUUGAAGCCUCGCAGAAGUGCGACCUGGUGACCACGGGAGAGCUGUUUUUCCGUUCGGGCUUUGGCAUAGGCAUGCGCAAGGACAGCCCCUGGAAACAGAAUGUGUCCCUGGCCAUUCUCAGUUCUCAUGAGAAUGGCUUCAUGGAAGACCUAGAUAAAACCUGGGUGAGAUACCAGGAGUGUGACUCAAGGAGCAAUGCCCCAGCCACACUCACCUUUGAAAACAUGGCAGGGGUCUUCAUGCUGGUGGCUGGAGGCAUAGCAGCAGGGAUCUUCCUCAUCUUCAUCGAAAUUGCCUACAAGCGCCAUAAAGACGCCCGCAGGAAGCAGAUGCAGCUAGCCUUUGCGGCCGUCAAUGUCUGGAGGAAGAACCUGCAGCCCUCUUCCUCUCUAGAGACUCAGGAUGAUAGGAAAAGUGGUAGAGCAGAACCCGACCCCAAAAAGAAAGCCUCUUUUAGGUCCAUCAGUACCACCCUGGCCUCCAGCAUCAAGAGACGUAGGUCCUCCAAAGACACGCAGUACCCACCCACUGACAUCACGGGCCAACUCAACUUGUCUGACCCGUCUGUCAGCACUGUGGUGUAAAGAGAGGGAAACGUUCCCUUCCCGAGGAGAGAGGAAAUGAGACGAGAAAGGAUUGGAGUGGAGAGGAAUGGAGAGGAACGGAGAGCCCAUCUCCUCGUUCCCUUCGCCGUCAAAAGCCGAAGCAUUCGUUUCACCGCCUGCACACGGAGCUUUUGAGGAAACUGCUUGCUGAAGAAGUGGCUGAAAAACACUGAACUUGCACCUUUUUUAAAAGUCAGGAUUACCUGGCGCUAGAUGUUUGUAGGUUCCCUGAGCAUGCACAGAAGAACCCAUCUGACACAUAUACAAUCUUUUCCUUCUGUAUGUUAUUAGCUAACUUAUUUAACCUUGUUUUUGUCCUUUUACUCACAGAAGUUUACUUAAUGUUUGAUGUGAACUACUUUCAGAUUUCCUGACCUGCUGUAUUUAGCAAGCCGGGUUUAGUUUGGUAAAUGGAUAAGCUAGUUUUGGUUCAAAUAAUGAACAUAUCACUUUCAAUUAGGGCUUAGAUGCCGUAGUAAUAUUUAGUUUUUCUUAACAAUAUACACUGCAAUACAAAAUGUACUGUAAGGUUCAAUGGAUAUCAAGUGUUUUUUAGUAGACACUACCUGUGUUUUUAUCAACACUUUUAAGGAUUUUAGAUAAGAUACAAUAGGUAGUUAAUUUCAUUUGGAAGCACUAAUCCUGAUGAGGAUAGGACUAAUCUUAUCUGUCAGUGAAGGUAAUGGAAGCAUGUGUGUGCUUGUAUGAGCUUAAGAGCUUUAUGUAUCUGAAUGAUGAAACUGCUUAUUGUAAUUUUGAAGACUAUACGCCAGAUCUUGUACUUUAUCUUUUUCCCCUUUAAUUUUGUACGAAUCUGACAAAUGCAUGUUUUUUUCUAGUAAGAACUCAGUUUCUUAAAGAAAAUCUGUUAAGCUUUACUACUGCUAUUAAUAGCAAGAGGUAUAAGCAGGUUGAAUACAUGAACUCACGGAUUCAUUUGCAGUCUGAUGAAAGACUUCAGCAAGGCUGUUGUUUUUCCGUCCAGACACAUGUGAGACCUCAGCUGUAAGCCAUGUCGCGCCUGGGGACGCCUUCGAUCUUCCUCUCUCCUUCUGCGGCAGUCUUUCUCAUUUCCAGUCUGCAAGGGGUUGCAUCAAAGGGCCAGGUUUUUCACCCAACCAGCACUCGGUCUUUCAUGUAAAACUUCCUUCCUGCGCAGCGCCGGGGAACUUUUACACGAAGGAACCCGAGUGAAUUGAAAGCAUGGCUCAGCCUGUGAGCUUGUAUGGAGGUCUUGGUUAGAUGCGAAAACAGGCCGUUUCCCAUUUUCUGGAGCUGAGAAACCACUGCUGUUUGUUGAAAAGACUAUCACAUUUUUUCUGGUGUCUGGCACUGCGUAGCACUUUAUGCUGACGGUUUUCCCAAACAUUUAAACAAAAGCUUUCCAUGCACCAAGAAACUAGAACUGAACCACUGCAACAUCAGUCAGCAAUAUUAUCUUCUCCACUUUAAGUUGUUUUAACUUCACACAAAUCUUCAAACUCCUUAUAAGGGAAAUAAGUGCUAAAGUGCUAAAACAGAAUUUGGUUUUUAAACUUGAACCGAGAGUUUGCUUUUGAUCAUGAUCUCAUUCCAGCCUAUGCAUGCUUACGUGUUACUGUCAGUGCUUUGGUUUGUUUCUGGAUGCCUGCUGUUGCUGAGAUACAGUUAGCUGAGCUGUGUGCAGCACUUAAGUUGAAUGAACUGUAAAUAGAGUUUGGUUCAGUGUAGAUAGGCUUCAGGAGAUUGCACUGUGCUUGUAUUACAACUGCAGCUCAGAAUGUUUUGAACUAUAGUUACACAAACACAACAUGGGCAUGGACCAAUACACACACUCUCACACACACACACAAACAUGCUCACAUAAAACCACUUAUGGGACGAAUCACUUGUUUUUCUUAUCUUUUCCAGAAAAGAUCUUGCAUUGACUCAUCUUGUUUAUACAACUGUAAAUAAAACAUACCUACAUUGCCAAGUCUAAACAGUCGUAUGAUUGUUAUUUUUAGGCCUGUAGCCAGUUACAU